GCCCUCCCAGUCCAACCUCCGGUCUGUUUAGUAAGAAGGCGCCUGUGUCUGGCAGAGCCGGUGUGAGACCAAGAGACAAUCCUUCCUAGCCGCCGGGAUAAUCAAGAGUUUUGGCCGGAACUUUGAACACACACCAAGAUAGUGAGGAGCCAGACGAAAAGCACAGACUAUGGCGCUGAAACGGAUUAAUAAGGAACUUAGUGAUUUGGCCCGUGACCCUCCAGCACAAUGUUCUGCAGGUCCAGUUGGGGAUGAUAUGUUUCAUUGGCAAGCCACAAUUAUGGGACCUAAUGACAGCCCAUAUCAAGGCGGUGUAUUCUUUUUGACAAUUCAUUUUCCUACAGACUACCCCUUCAAACCACCUAAGGUUGCAUUUACAACAAGAAUUUAUCAUCCAAAUAUUAACAGUAAUGGCAGCAUUUGUCUCGAUAUUCUAAGAUCACAGUGGUCUCCUGCUUUAACUAUUUCUAAAGUUCUUUUAUCCAUUUGUUCACUGCUAUGUGAUCCAAACCCAGAUGACCCCCUAGUGCCAGAGACUGCACGGAUCUAUAAAACAGACAGAGAUAAGUACAACAGAAUAUCUCGGGAAUGGACUCAGAAGUAUGCCACGUGAUGCUACCUUAAAGUCAGAAUAACCUGCAUUAUAGCUGGAAUAAACUUUAAAUUACUGUUCCUUUUUUGAUUUUCUUAUCCGGCUGCUCCCCUAUCAGACCUCAUCUUUUUUAAUUUUAUUUUUUGUUUACCUCCCUCCAUUCAUUCACAUGCUCAUCUGAGAAGACUUAAGUUCUUCCAGCUUUGGACAAUAACUGCUUUUAGAAACUGUAAAGUAGUUACAAGAGAACAGUUGCCCAAGAUUCAGAAUUUUUUUAAAAAAUGGAGCAUGUGUAUUAUGUGGUCAAUGUCUUCACUCUAACUUGGUUAUGAGACUAAAACCAUUCCUCACUGCUCUAACAUGCUGAAGAAUCAUCAGAGGGGGAGGGAGAUGGAUGCUCAGUUGCCACAUCACAGGAAGCAGCAUUAUUCUAGCAGCAUCCAUUCUUGUGUAAGCCUUCCACUGUUAGAGAUUUGAGGUUACAUGAUAUACUUUAUGCUCAUAACUGAUGUGGCUGGAGAAUUGGUAUUGAAUUUAUAGCAUCAGCAGAACAGAAAAUGUGAUGUAUUUUAUGCAUGUCAAUAAAGGAAUGACCUGUUCUUGUUCUACAGAGAAUGGAAAUUGGAAGUCAAACACCCUUUGUAUUCCAAAAUAGGGUCUCAAACAUUUUGUAAUUUUCAUUUAAAUUGUUAGGAGGCUUGGAGCUAUUAGUUAAUCUAUCUUCCAAUACACUGUUUAAUAUAGCACUGAAUAAAUGAUGCAAGUUGUCAAUGGAUGAGUGAUCAACUAAUAGCUCUGCUAGUAAUUGAUUUAUUUUUCUUCAAUAAAGUUGCAUAAACCAA